GACAGGAAAAUGGCCGGCAAAGUCUGACGGACCCGUCCCCACGACAGAAGGAGGGAGGGGGUGCUGGCUCUGUAGGGAAUAAACAGGAAGACUUUGAGAAGGACUGAGGGAACCCCCACCUCUGAGAACAGAAUCCCACCCUGCUCCUCAUAUUAGCCAUCGUAGAGCUCCCCAGUUGGCUCAGGCUGAGCCGCAGCCCCCUCAUUUCUGAGUGAGGGGUGUAGGGGAGGGGGAGGCCUUGGUCUGAGGGUCCCACGGCAAGUCAGCAGAGGCAGCUGCCUCCGGUUGGCAGAGGGAAGAUUCCCAGGCCCUGCUGGGGAUAAGAGUGAGGACUGAGGUGUCACAUGUGCUUCAGAGCAGAUGUGAGGCUGCCCCGACUGCCCCCGUGGUAGAGUAUGGGACGUGGCUGCCACCUCCCUACCUCCCUCUGCUCUCAGGGAUGUGGAGGUUGUGCUGAGGUUUUGCCUCAGGCCAGCAGAAUGGUAGGGACGUGACCCGAUCUGAGAAAACCUGACAAUGCUAAUUAAAUUCUAGGGGGCUAUGAACCCUGUAACUGUGGGGCUCCGGGAGUCUGGCCAGCCCCGGCUGUCAGCCCCGGGAGGCCCAAGCCUCUGCUUGCAGUCUUUAGCCUGAGGUGCUCCUUCACUUCCUCUUGCAGGUGCUCCAGGAACCACGUGGUGAAGAGCUGGGUCUGAGUUGCACUUCCUAAAGCCAGCACAGCAGAGGAGGCCCAGGCAGUGCCAGGAGUCAAGGCCUGUGGGAUCCCAUCAUCUCCAUUCCUGCUCACACGUUUACCUGCUGCUCCUGAACAACAGGCCUCAUGCCUCUUUUUCCAAACCUUUCACAUCUCAGCUUUGAGCAAGACUUCCAGAACCCGACUGUGAUAGAGGACUUGGUAGAUGCACAGGAUUCCAUAGAUGAGGAAGAGGAGGAUGCCUCCUCCACUUCCUCUUUCCACUUUUUAUUACCCUCCUCUUCUUCCUCGUCCUCAUCUUCACUCUGUACUCUAUUUCUGAGUGCUUCAGAAGAUGAGGAGAUGCCUCUUGCUGGGAUACCACCUCUUCCCCAGAGUCCUCCCAAGAUUCCUCCCCAGUGUCCUCCUGAGAUUCCCCAGGGUGUUCCACAGAGUCCUCCCCAGAGUCAUCUGCAGAAUCCUCCCCAGAGUUCUCUGAACUCCUGCUCCUCCCCUUUCUUGUGGACCCCAUUGGAGGAGGAGUCUAGCAGUGAAGAAGAGGAGGAAACACCUGUAUGGCAGGCUUUCCCAGAUAGUCAGUCCUUGAGCAGGUAUGUGCUGGAUGAAAAGGUGGCUGAGUUGGUGCAAUUUUUUCUCCUCAAAUACCAAAAAAAGGAGCCUGUCACAAAGGCAGAGAUGUUGACUACUGUCACCAAGAAGUAUAAGGACUAUUUUCCUAUGAUCUUUGGGAAAGCCCAUGAGUUCAUAGAGCUAAUUUUUGGGAUUUCCCUGACUGAUGUGGACCCUGACAACCACUGCUAUUUCUUUGAAGACACAUUAGACCUCACCUGUGAGGGAAGCCUGAUUGAUGACCUGGGUAUGCCCCAGAACUGUCUCCUGAUUCUUAUUCUCAGUAUGAUCUUCAUAAAGGGCAGCUGUGUCCCUGAGGAGGUCAUCUGGGAAGUGUUGAGUGCAAUAGGGGUGUAUCCUGGGAGGGAGCACUUUAUAUAUGGGGAGCCGAGAGAGCUCCUCACUAAAGAUUGGGUGCAGAGAAAGUACCUGGAGUACCGGGAGGUGCCGAACAGUGCUCCUCCACAUUAUGAAUUCCUGUGGGGUCCAAGAGCCCAUUCAGAAGCCAGCAAGAGAAAAGUCCUAGAGUUUUUGUCCAAGUUAUCCACUACCAUCCCUAGUUCCUUUCCAUCCUGGUACAUGGAUGCUUUGAAAGAUGUGGAAGACAGAGCCCAAGCCAUAAUUGACACCACAGAUGAUACUACUGCCGUGGCCGGUGCAAGCCCCAGUGUCAUGUCCUCCAACUUCUGUCCUGAGUGAAGUAUGAGGCACAGUAUUCCCUGUGUUUGAAGAGGGCAGUCGAGGUUCUAGGCAGUGGAGGGCCAGAGUGGAGCCAGAGGGACCAGAGUGUUCUUUGUGUUCUUGUUUUGUAUGAGUGACUUAGAGUUUAAAAGUUUGUGUGUGUGUGUGGGGGGGGAGUGUAUUUUACAAAUGCUUCUCCCUCCAAUAAAGGAGUUGGUCUUUGACUCAAAUUCUGGCAUCUUUGAGUUGCAAUCUUAGUUUAUGAAUAUUAUUUACACUUGUGUUGUUGUUUAUCUGGUUUAAGAGAGAGUGAUAUUUCAUAAGAAAAGAAGGGAAAACCUGUCUUAAUUCUGUGAACUGAAACAGUAUGUUGUGAUGUUCGGUAAGAAUUUUCUUUAAAAUGUGAAAUAACUCUGCAGUUAAAUGGUGGAACAAAAUAAAGUAUGGUUGAUAUAUUUGCA